AUGACAAGGCGUACUCCGACACUUCUCUGUUCAUUUUGUCAAUCUUCUACUAUUCUGAUCUUUGUGCUAAUUUACGUUGACGACAUCAUUGUCACUGGUUCUUCAAAAGAUCACAUUCGCUCAGUUGUGAAUUCACUGGGAAGCAGAUUCUCUCUCAAGGACCUUGGGCAUCUCCACUUCUUCCUGAAUAUUGAAGUUAUUUCGUUCAAUGAUGGCCUACUUCUCACUCAAAGUAAGUUGAUUGUUGAUGUUCUCAGUCGCUUCAACAUGCUUGAAGCUAAAGGUGUUGCCACCCCAAUGUCCACCACAGAACCCCUCACUCUCAAUGAUGGUUCUCCUACUGCUAACGCAAAAGAAUACUGUCAAGUUGUUGGUGCUCUACAGUAUAUCACAACACUCUGCUAG